CCACGAGACUGUCCACGCACAAUGUUACACCGAAGAAAGCCCUUGGACGGUUGACCAAUUCCACGAGAAGAGGGAUUGGGCUUUCACCGCUAGCUACCUCAGCCAUAUUAACGCCGGGGCUGUGCUGGUACGCAGCGGUUAGGAGAUGGAGCUGGUGGACAUUGUUGCGGCCACUCCGGUGGCGGGCCGGGAGCAAGACAGCGAUUGGAACUGUCAAAACUUUAUGCUUAAGGGCCUACAGGGGAUUGUGAACGGGUUCCAGGCACAGGAGUGGUACAAUUUCGUUGGAAGGGGAACUUGCAGACCAGUUAAUUAACGAGAGUGUUGCUUGAUCGAUAUUUUGACUCCCACUAUCAGGAAAGGCGGACGAUAAAUCCCACAAGGAUAUAUUCGAGAUCGUAGCGCUUAGCAAAGAGAGACGGA